AUGAACGAGUCCACCACUCCGGAGGGAUUCCGCGUCAUUACGCCAAAAGCUAACAAGAAACGUGAAGUACCAAAUAUAACAGUGACUUUCAAGUUGCCCAGUGGUGAAAAGGUGAGCGGGAAGGGCCGUGAAGGUGAAAGUCUGCUGGACGUCGUUGCCGACAACAACCUCGACAUUGACGGUUUUGGCGCCUGUGAGGGCACACUGGCCUGCUCCACCUGUCACCUCAUCUUCAGCAAGGAGGACUACGAUAAACUGCCCAAGAGACCGGCCGACGAGGAGAUGGACAUGCUCGAUUUGGCCUAUGAUCUCUGUGAAACGUCUCGUCUUGGAUGUCAAGUGCCGCUUACCAAAGCUUUGGAUGGUCUUGAAGUGACGGUGCCUGCGUCAGUCAAUGAUCAACGGCUAUGUUAA